AUGAGGUAUGGUGUUUGGAGAAGGAGACGGGUGUCUGUAGGAUCAAUUCUGAUAGUGUGUGCAUUGUGUGCUGGAAUGGGGCUGUUGAUGCUCAACUUAAGACAAGUUGAUCCUCCAACGAGCCCCGAUUUCCCUAUGCAAAUUCACAAUUCGGAUUCGGAGUCUGAAAGCGGUGGUAGGGUUGGGGUUGAGGACGAGCCUGAGAACAAGAGUAAGAGAAAAUCCAACUCCUGUGCUACGGUGGAAGAGAUGGGAAAGGACUUCAAAGGAGGGUUCUGGGAGGAAAGUCUCAGAGUCAGGAAACUUAUUCAACAUCACUUUGACUUGAAUGGUGCUUCCCGGGUCCGAAAUCUUCCUCCGGAACAGUUUUGUCAGCAUGGCUUUGUGAUGGGUAAAGCAUCAGAGGCAGGUUUUGGGAAUGAAAUGUACAAAAUUUUAAGUGGUGCAGCAUUGAGUAUACUUUUAAACCGGUCCCUGAUCAUUGGGCAAACCAGGGGAAAAUUCCCUUUCGGGGAUUACAUUUCUUAUUCCAACGUUUCCUUUACCAUGAGAGAAAUUAAGCAUCUGUGGAGACUUAAUAAAUGUGUUAAGAAGUAUGGAAGGCGACUGAUUAUGAGGACUGAUGACUUUGAGAAGCCAACACAGACAAAUGUCCUUUGUAGUGACUGGAGGAAAUGGAAGCAACCUAUCAUAUGGUUCCAAGGUACAAAUGAUGCUGUGGCAGCCCAAUUUUUCUUGAAAAAUAUACACCCCGAGAUGAGGAAUGCUGCUUCUAUUUUAUUUGGAAAGCCAGAGGUUCUCCAUUCUCGGCCUAAUGUAUUUGGGGAGCUGAUGAGAGUGCUUAUAACUCCUUCUGAGGAUGUUGAGGAUGCCGUCAAUUGGGUUCUUGGUGGAGUGGAACCUGAUAUUUCACUGCACAUGCGAAUGCUCAUGAAUAAGUCUAUCAGAGCUGCACAGGCAGCAUUGAACUGCAUCAGAAAAGCUAAGCAAAAUCUUGGCAAGUCACCAAGACCCCGGGUAGUCAUAGUGUCAGAUACUCCCUCUCUUGUGAAAAGUAUUACACCAAAUAUAAGUAAAUUUGCAGAGGUCGUUCAUUUUGAUUAUGAACUUUUCAAAGGAAAUAUAUCUGAUAGCAGAAAGGGAUUGCACAGUUUAGAGUUUAGGAUGAAAGAUUGGGGCCCAGCGCCCAGAUGGGUUGCCUUUGUAGACUUCUUUCUUGCAUCACGUGCAAAAUAUGCUGUUGUGUCCGGGGCUCACAGGCGUGUUGGGACGACUUAUGCACAGUUAAUUGCAGCACUGGCUGCAGCAAACAAUCUUGGCGACAAACCAACUGGUUCUAAAUUUGCAUUUUUAAGCAGCUUUCAAGGUAAUUUGUUGAGAGAAGGUUUAAGAUUUCAGAUUGGUUGGGGGCAUGUGUGGAACAGAUUUGCAGGUCCCCUUGGGUGUCGUAACCAGCCUAAUCAAUGUGCUUUCACACCGCUUCUCCCUCCGGCAUGGUGGGAUGGCCUUUGGCAAUCCCCACUUCCAAGGGAUAUCAAGAAGUUGGCAGGGUACGGCAUCCAGUUAUCGGGGUUUGGCACAAUUGAUGAAAAUUAUCUUGGCACUUUUUGUAGCUCAAGGAAAGUUGUGGUGAAAACUGUUCCAUUCCUUUUGUAA